AUGGGUCAUUCAAAUGGCAAUCUGUGGGAUGCUUUUGGGUGCCCCGAGACAGUGGCAUUCGUUGGAGGUGGUGGCAAAACAACCUUGAGUUUUCAAAUUUUGAAUGAAGGUGCUGUUGCUGGGCGAAAGGCACUGUUUACGACCACAACCAAAGUUCGUGUACCUGAGAUUCCACACCAAAUUGAUGUGCUGGUAGAAACAACGGUCCUUGAAGAAGCCGUCCGUUUGGUUGGCGAAGCUUUCGAACAAGGUCAUCAGCGGGUCGGUCUGGUGACAGGACGUGAAAAUUCAUCACAUGGUUUGCGGGCUGUUGGGAUCCCCCCUUUGUGGAUCGAAUUUUUGUGUCCCCAUGUUGCAGAUCUCUGCGUUGUUGAGGCAGAUGGUUCCAGAAUGUUGCCUUUCAAGGCUCCGCGUCCGACAGAACCCGUCCUACCAGCGUCCCUACCAACGUCUGCAGCAGUUGUUGCAGUGGUUGGCCUCGAUGCUUUGGGUGUCCCAUUGGAUGAAGAUCACGUUUGUCGGGCUGAGAUUGUGAUCAAAGUGGCACAGACCACCGACAAGGUCACACAUGUCACACCAUGUAUUGUUGGGAAAGUCAUGGGCAAUCGAGACUUGUGGUGUCAUCAGCUCUCCAAUCCAGUGCCGUACCACAUUGUGGUGAACAAGGUGGAUUGUACUUCACAGAUUGGGCUCGGACGAGAGAUCCUUGUGGCUAUUCAGCAGAGUGGACGGGGUUUCGCUUCUAUUUCCCUGACUGGACAGACUUCUGCUGGAAGGAAAUUGUGGGAGCAUGUGAAGACUUGACUUGGUGCGAAA